AUGCUGAGAAGUGGGUCAAGCUCGCGCGCCCCCACAGGUGGAUUUUGCGGCGGUCACCCUACACGCUACUCACAAGCUCUCACUCUCAAACACGCACGCACACGCACGGGCAGCAGAGGCAGCAGAGGCAGCAGAGGCCGGGGACGCUGCAGUCACAAACGCCUUUCCGCUCCACGCUUCUCGGCGGACUUCAAGCUGCAUGGACCAGAGCAGAAGAGGACCCCAGCCGAGCCUCCGCAUGAUACAGGACUUUGUGCCAGGAGACUGCACAGUCUGGACACAGCCAUGAAGCCACACAGACCGAUGCUGCAGGAGUCUUCCCAGGAUUAUUAA